UUUACCGGUAAAUCGAUUUUAUGUCGGAAGAGAAUCUGUUGGUCUUCAAAUUCGAUCUCAAGAGUUCGCCUCUUUGAUUCUCACAAUCAGCACCAGCAAUGGCUUCCCUUCUUUCCACUUUCCUUCUCUUGCUUUCUGCAUCUUCUUUCUCCUACAGUUUCGGCGAAAGUAGUAGGAAGGAACUGAGGGAUAAGGAAGUCCAGGAGCAGUCACUUGAACAACUGCAUCAAUAUGACAGAAUAGACCCAAGACGAGUUUUCCAACUUUCAUGGAGACCAAGGGUCUUUUUGUACAGUGGUUUCCUGUCAGAUGAGGAGUGUGACCACCUUAUUUCUCUGGGGCGAAAUGAAACGACUUCAGGAUUUGUUAAUGAUUCAGGGAAUACUGGCACAAACAAGCAGUUUCCUAGUCUAAAAUCUCAACUAAAAGUACCGGAUUACAUCGUUGCAAAGAUUGAGGAAAGGCUUUCUGCUUGGACUUUUCUUCCCAGAGAAAAUGGAGAGCCUCUACAAGUGAUGCGAUAUGGUCUUGAGAGUGCUGAUCAGAAAUUUGAGUAUUUUGGUAACGUAACCAGACCCGGGGGUAGUGAUCAUUGGAUGGCAGUGGUGAUUUUGUAUCUCGCAAAUGUUACCACGGGUGGUGAAAUUCUCUUUCCUGACUCUGAGGCCAAAAGCAAGAUUUGGUCUCAUUGUCCAAAGACUGCUAACAUCCUAAGACCUGUUAAGGGCAAUGCAAUCCUGUUUUUCACCAAAAACCUCGAUGCAUCUCCUGACAAAAGAAGUUCCCAUGCUAGGUGCCCUGUUCUCGAAGGGGAAAUGUGGUGUGCUGCUAAGUUCUUCCAUGUUAGAGCUGUUAAUAAACGGAAGGAUUUGUUUCAAUCAGAUGACAAUGACUGCACAGAUGAAGAUGAAUAUUGCCCCAGGUGGGCUGCCCUCGGGGAGUGUCAAAGAAAUCCUGUAUUCAUGAUUGGUUCGCCUGAUUACUACGGAACAUGUAGGAAGAGUUGCAACGAAUGCUAAAAGUAAACAUGGAUCGAUCCAAAUUUACCGGAUUCAUUAUAGUUUUCUGAUAAGUAGACAAAUAUAGCAUUUUUUGGCAAUCAGCAUAUACUUUGGUUUGUCUUGUUAAGCGUGUUUCAUUGACAUAUAUUGAAUAUUUUGGGAAGGCAAAUAAAUGGAAAUUCAAUAUGAUUACCUCU